AUGAAUAGAAAUACAAGUGACGUAAAAAUUAAUGAAGGUGAUUCUUGUAGCGACAAAAUGAUCAAGUACACAGAUUGCGAACUGGGGCAGCGAAUUUUCUUCACCACCCUUUUGGCAGCCGUUAUCGCAGCUCCACUCAACCUGGAGUACAAUGCGUAUAUGCCGUUCUCUAAGUCGACCCUCACUUCGAGCAGUCACGUCGUCGACCACGGAAGUACUCAUGUGUUGCACGCGCCAGUACUCGCUCACGAAGUGGAGUACCACGCACCAGUAUCCCACGCUGUGAUCGCGCCAGUAUCCCACACUGUAGUAGCCCACGCUCCUGUCACCCAUACUAUCGUGUCCCACGCACCAGUCUACUCAUUAAGCUCCAACGUAGAAUACUACAAAUCCCCAGACUCUUCCAUCACUCAUCAGAGCUCUUCCAUCUACAACUCCGCACCGUUUUACGCGUUCCAC